GGAGCCCCUGCCGUUCCGCUGUCGGCCCGCGCAGGGUGAAUGGGCUUCUGAUACACCACCACCGGCGAGUAGUUGGCGGUUCCUACUCUCUGCGAGCGCCAGUGCUUUGCCGUCCCUUGCCCAGAAACCCUCCGCCUGGGCCCGCGCAGGAGGAGCGGGGCCUCUGAGGGGAGCGGCGACCUCCCCGGCCUCGGUCUCUUUCCUUGGCGGUGGCGGCGGCUUCUUCCGUAGGACAAUAUGUUCAAGAGAAUGGCCGAAUUUGGGCCUGACUCCGGCGGGAGAGUGAAGGGGGUUACUAUUGUUAAACCAAUAGUUUAUGGCAAUGUUGCUCGAUAUUUUGGGAAGAAAAGAGAAGAGGAUGGGCAUACCCACCAGUGGACAGUAUAUGUAAAACCAUACAGAAAUGAGGACAUGUCAGCAUAUGUGAAGAAAAUUCAAUUUAAAUUACAUGAAAGCUAUGGCAAUCCUUUAAGAGUUGUUACUAAGCCUCCAUAUGAAAUUACUGAAACAGGAUGGGGUGAAUUUGAAAUAAUCAUCAAAAUAUUUUUCAUUGAUCCUAAUGAAAGACCUGUAACCCUGUACCAUUUAUUAAAGCUGUUUCAAUCAGACACCAAUGCAAUGCUGGGAAAAAAGACAGUGGUUUCAGAGUUCUAUGAUGAAAUGAUUUUUCAAGACCCAACAGCAAUGAUGCAACAAUUACUAACAACAUCUCGUCAGCUAACAUUAGGAGCCUAUAAACAUGAAACAGAAUUUGCAGAGCUUGAAGUGAAAACCAGAGAAAAACUAGAAGCUGCGAAGAAAAAAACAAGCUUUGAAAUUGCAGAGCUUAAGGAGAGAUUAAAAGCAAGCCGUGAAACUAUAAAUUGUUUAAAAAAUGAAAUCAGAAAACUCGAAGAAGAUGAUCAGACAAAAGAGAUAUGAACAGUUCCAAAGAGAGCCUGACAGGAAGCUAAAUUGAAAAUAAAGUGGACUUUAGAGGAGGGCGGACCGCACGUGCAUCCUAGAACUGUGUGUGUAGUUGUUGUUGACCAUAGAUUUCUCAGCAAUGGGGUCAAAGCAGUUGUACUUUUCAAGCAAUAUUUAUUGUAAAAUAUUUGUCUAUAAUAAACAUGAAUGCUGUUUAGGCAUUUUAUCAACCCAUUUUAGGAUAAUUCUGUGAUGUUAAGCACAAUUAAAGAUUUUUUUAUUGUAUGUAUAGCUUAUCCUUUUUACAGGCAUCAAAAAUGCAUUCUAAAUUAUAACUUACACACAUUUUUGUACUUCCCUGGUAGUUAGAAUUAGUGGUAAAAUUAAUGUGUAUAUUUAAUUUCUUAACUUCUUACCGUCCCUCAUCCUGAUCCUCUUGUAUCUGAUGUGCCAGUAC